GCAGAGCAGGCAUCAGAUGGCACACAGACAGCAGAGUUGGGGACAGCUGGGCAGGGACAGACUGGCAGAGACAGGGAGUCUCAGAGCAUUUUCCCUCAUCAUUCAGACCAGUAGCAAUCCACCAUAAUCAGAUGAUGCCAGGGGGGCAUUUCACACAGGGAUGUCAAAAGGCUUUUUCGUCCCCAUGCUAUUUACCCCCUCCUUCACCUUAAUUAAGCCUAUUAACGAGUCCACAAACCUCCAUUUUGGUCAAUAAUAUUUAAAAACAGGGAUGAGGAAAUUCUCCGGUCAUACAAAGGAUAGGAUAGCUUGGCUUACCAGAGUCCAAGGUCAAGAUGACGUUGUCUUGUGGUAAUGGGGCAUUUCAGAAGGGCAUCAUUACACCACAACCACCAUAACAUAUAGGCAACUUGGAAACUGAGAAAUGUCAGACUUGGAAACUCAUUGUAGAAAGAUGAGCUCCAGAUGAGUAAAGAUGCAUUUAACUACUAAGAUAAUGUUACCUGUUGAUGUCAAUGGUACACCCUAGAGAGUUCCAAGUUAUUCUGAACCAUAGCUUUGAAACGUGAUGAUAAUUUGAUAUCCUUGCUCACUGUCCACAAUACUGGAGCUGGCACUUUGCCGUGGUGGGGGAGAUUACGCCUCUUUCUGACGUGACCUGUGGGCUGUAACAACAUGAGCCAAAUCGAGGCUCCUGCAGGUCUAACCAUCAGGUUGUGCCAAUAAGCACAGUAAUGCUUACCUUCUUCUUUACUAUUGCUGGAGGAAGCAUACCAUUUCUUUAGAAAAUGACUCAUGACACCGUAAAAGAGCAGAGACCAUGGCCUUUGUAAUUUAUCGUCUCUGAUUUUAGAUUCAUAGACAGUCUGUUGUUAAAGCAUGACAACUGUAACAAAUGGAGAGACAGCCUAGUGAACCUACACUCUGGAUAAACAAAUCCUAAGAGAUAAGGGGAUAGACACAUUUACAUUUUAGUCUUUUAUUAGACUCUCUUAUCCAGAGCAACUUACAGGCGCAAUUAGGGUUAAGUGCCUUGCUCAAGAGCACAGACAGAUUUUUCCACCUAGUUGGCUUCAGGAUUCAAACCAGCAACCUUUCAGUUAUUGGCUCAACGCUCUUAACCGCUAGGCUACCUGUCAGAGAAUGAUGGUUUGAGCAAGGAAGUGACACUGAGAUAAAGAGACGGGAAAACCGAGAAACACAAAGACAAGUAGAUAUGCUUAGGAAGGAAGAGGAUGCUUUGAGAGAUGGAGAGAAUGACGGAAAGAGAGAGAGGGGGCAGAGAUAUUUGUGUCAGUGCAGCCACUUCCUGUCAUCAGCGAUAGAGAGAGAGAGAGAGAGAGUGUGCAAGAGAGCGAAAGAGAGGGAGGGAGGGCUAGAAAGAGAUUAACCAAGAGAGCCCUCUAGAGCCACCGCCAUCAUUCACCCCAGGACAGAAAGAGAGAGAUCAUCACUUGUUUCCUCAGAGGGAAAGAGAGGAAAAAAGGGAGAAUGACUGCUCCAUGGAGGACAGGUGUUGUGGUGAUGCUGAAGCUUGUGUCUUAUGCAGAGGCUUCAAUGACUGAACCAGCCAUCUGCUACAUACUGGAUGGAAUCUUGCUCUUCUACUGCAUCAUCACCACCUUGCUCUUCUUCAGAGCCAAGUGGUGCAAGUCUUCACCUGAACCCAAAGAGGAUCCCACACAUGCACCAGGUGCUAAUGCUGACGACCAACAGUCUGCAGCUACUAGACGGAAGCGCAAACAGGAAGCUAGUGACGACACGUACCAGGCCCUCCAGAUAAAAGAUGAUGGGAAUGAUGACUACCAGGUGAUCAUGUCCACGGGGAAGAACAAGAAGGCCCAAGCCCCCCAGUCUCUCAGUGCAAAGACCCGGACCACUGCCCCACCACACUGAUCUGACCCAGUCAGCCCUGGGCACGGAGGCAGCAGUCGAUUCCACUUGCAGCUCUGCCCUGCACUGAUCCAAUCUCUGAAGAGUACUUUCUAGAUUAUUUUCCGACUUCAAUGUGCAUAGCAGUCUUCUACCCCUGAGCUCAACCUCCCUGGCCUGUUAUUACAUAUUACAACUCAGCAGAAAAGUGUGCAUGUCAAUGUGUAUUAUCAUGUCAUUUGUUAAGUCCAUCUAUGGCUGUGUGGUAAUGUCAACAUUAUGACCGUAAUAAAAGACUGGAACGUUCCAAUGUUAAAACA